AGACAUUUGACUUUACUCACAAUAAGUUAAGUAAUAAUUUUGAGCACAAAUAGUCACAAUUCACAUACACUGAUUUCACGGCUUAAAUAUAAGUUAAAUUUAUUGUCACCAUGGCGAUGGAAACUAUUUUGGGUAUCAAGGGAGCCGACUUUGUAAUGCUCGCCUCGGAUACAAUGCAGGCCAAAUCGCUGAUCUUCAUGAAGGAUGAUCAGUCAAAAAUACACCGCCUCUCGGACUUCAACAUGAUGGCCAUGGUGGGCGAUGGCGGCGACUCCAUCCAGUUCACGGACUUCAUCUCGAAGAACAUGCACCUGUACAAGAUUGCCCACGGCUAUCACCUGAGUGCCAAGGCGGCGGCCCAUUUCACCCGGAAGACACUGGCGGACUACAUCAGGACCAAUACCAGGUACCAGGUGGCCAUGCUGCUGGCGGGAUACGACGCCACCGAAGGUCCUGACCUCCACUACAUCGACACCUACGGCGCGGCGCAGUCCAUCAAUCACGCUGGACACGGGUGGGGCAGCAUGUUCUGCGGCAGCAUCCUGCAGAGGUACUGGCACUCGAAUAUCAGCCAGGCGGAUGCCUACUCCCUGAUGAGGAAGUGCGUCCUGGAGAUCCAGCGGCGCCUGAUCAUCAACCAGCGCAACUUCGAGGUGUACGUCGUGGACGGCAAGGGAAUGCGCAAGAUGGAGGCCAUCAAUCCGGGAUCCCUGAGCAAGGAGUCGAUCAGCCUGAGUUGGUAGAGUGUUAAGCAUUAAAAAUCUCGUCCGUACUUUACAGCA